CAUCUACUAUUGGUGGAGAGUUCUGGCAGACAGGCCAUCAUGCUUAAGCAGCUGAGCUGAGCUGACCUGCACUGUCUGCUAAACCAUCUGGACACGAAACGCGAAACGUGUUGAUCUUUCAGUGAUACUUGAAGCCAUUGGAUUAGUUUGAGCCAGCUUGUAUCGUUGACCACCCAAACAUAUUGGUCUCCACAGAACCACGGUCAAAUGUCGCCUUCAACUUCAGACAACCCUGUCACGUUCGUGUCAGAAAGGUAGGUUUAGUCUCCUGAUUCAGAUACCACGAUGGCUAAUACUUCUCGCGGUUUUCCCAGGCUCAGACGCAGCUCUCGACGCAUUAUUCACACAGAAUCCGAUGACGAACAAAAGCCACCGAUCUCUCCCAAGGGCUCCCAUCAAGACAACGCAGGUGAUAAUGAGGGGCAGGUACAAAAAGGCAGCCUGGUCCAAGUCACCCCGAAGUCGACAUCGGAUCCUGGCAAAUUGCUGCCGACUUAUCUGAUCGCAACAUUGGAACAGUGGCACCGGGAAAACGGCAACGAGAUCCCGAAAUGCAAGUACGCCGGCCGUCAAGGUGCGAUGUUCUGGAAGGUCUUUGACAGGCAUGGAAAUGAACUGGAGCUAUCCUGGUACAUGGUCACCAAGCCGCGUAAGUACGACGUUCUCGUGCUACAUGAGGCCGGUGGCACAGCGAGAUUUGUCUACUGCGAUCCACCCCGGAGCACUCCUCAUGGUACCUAUCUCAGACCGUGGUCGGGCGCUGCUGAGGGAGAGGAACUCCAACAUUGCGCCAUCCGGGUGUUUGGAAAUACCACGGAGGAGAUUGGAUAUUCAGCGGAAGCCUGGGAUUAUCUCCGGCACCUCCAGAGCCCCUUGGGGGAAGAUGAUGUCCGGGCUGCUUCGGCCUCCCGUGCCCAAACACCCAGAGUUGGGAGAGGAGCAAAAAGGCUGCAGGGUAAGACGGGGCAUGAUACAAGAUUCUCGGCGAGAAGCCGCCCAAGCGAGGCUGUCGAGGACUCAUCCCAAGAAGAAGGCUCAUCAUCAUCCGAAGAAGAAUCGUCAUCGGAAGAGGAGAAACCAGCUGUCUCCCCUAUGACCAAGCGGCGCAAGACAACCGAGCCCAGCGCCGAGCCUGGCAAACCUAGCAAGGUUGUUUUUCGCCUCGCCUCUCAGAGAGUCAUCGGAGCGAUUCGCUAUAUCCCGCUGGACGAGUGCAGGUCCAGGAAAGAACUGUUCGACAAAGCAGCGGCGUUCUAUCAAGCCUGUGAUCGAGAUACUCAGGUUAAAAUCCUUGCAUGUCAGAUCUCGUCACAGCGUGAACAACACUAUCUGUUCGAAAACAGUGAUGGGGAGUUUCGUCUUUUGGUUGAGCAGGCGCAAAGUUUGGAGGAUGGCCCGGAUCGGAUUGUAAUUGAUGUUUUGCACGUUUUACAGACCUAGUUGGAACAUGUCAUGAUAUUGCGCCAGAUUUUAUUGUCAAGACAAAACCAUGUGGAGCCAUUGAUGUACAUAGUAGUUUGUUCUUUCUUCUCAGGGUAUUUAAUGCAUCGAUUCGCAAGCGAUGACUAAGCACCACGUGGACUGAGGCCGAAAUAGCGAUUCGCGUCACCGACAGCGCAAUCG